CACAAUCGAGGUGACGCCGCCACAAGCAACACCUUCAAUAUUUACCUAUUUUAAGCCUUCCCUGGGCGGAAUAGACGUGUUUUUUACCUGUACAGUGCUUGUAAUAAUCCUGAGGAACCAUGAUGAGCAGCCCAGUGCCCGUGAGGAGGCGAAAUAAGGCCAAUGCAAGCCAAAAUAUUAAGGUCUUCGUCAGAUGUCGGCCCAUGAACACACAGGAGAGGGCGGGCAAGUCUCACAACAUAGUGACGGUACAGAACAGCCGAGAGGUGGUGGUGAAGGAGAGGCCCACGGACAAGUUUGCAAAGACAUUUACCUUCGACCACGUGUUUGGACAGGAUUCUAAGCAGAUUGAUGUGUACAAGGCAGUGGCAAAGAACUCCGUGGAAGAGGUUCUAAAUGGGUUCAACUGCACAAUCUUUGCCUACGGUCAGACUGGCACCGGCAAGACCUUCACCAUGGAGGGGGAGAGGGUCCCCGACGCCACCACAUGGGAGGAGGAUCCACUGGCCGGCAUCAUCCCGCGCUGUGUGAACCACCUGUUUGAUGAGCUCCGCAUGCAGAAGGUGGAGUUCACAAUGAGAGUUUCCUUCCUGGAGCUGUACAAUGAGGAGCUGUUUGACCUGCUCUCUGCCCAUGAUGACUUCUCCAAGCUUAGAUUGUACGAAGACUCCAGCAAAAAGGGGUCAUGCAUCAUUCAAGGCCUGGAGGAGGUGCUGGUGAGGUCAAAGUCGGACGUAUACAGCAUCCUAGAGAAGGGGUCCAUGCAGAGGCAGACAGCGGCCACCCUCAUGAACGCACAUUCCAGUCGUUCCCACACUGUGUUCACCGUCACUGUGCACAUGAAGGAGAACACUGUGGACGGUGAUGAAUUGAUGAAGACCGGCAAGCUGCAUCUGGUGGACCUGGCUGGCUCGGAGAACAUAGGACGGUCUGGUGCCGUGGAGAAAAGGGCAAGGGAGGCUGGCAAUAUUAACAUGUCCCUAUUAACUCUUGGUCGUGUUAUUACUGCCCUGGUGGAGAAGGCCCCUCAUAUUCCUUACAGAGAGUCGAAGCUGACACGCCUUCUACAAGAUGCUCUCGGAGGUCGCACGAAGACCUCAGUUAUUGCCACGAUUUCCCCAGCCUCCAUCAAUCAAGAGGAAACACUCUCAACGCUCGACUACGCACACAGGGCCAAGAACAUACAGAACAAGCCAGAAGUGAACCAGAAGCUGCAUAAGAAGGAGUUGAUUCAGGAGUACUCGCAGGAGAUAGAGAGGCUGCGACUUGACCUGCUGGCGAUGAGGGAGAAGAGUGGCGUCUACCUUGCUAACGAAAACUACCAGGAAAUGCAGAACACCAUGGAAGCACAGGCCACGGAAAUUACGGAGAAGAUUGCCCAUAUUCGUACUCUGGAGGCGGAGCUGGAGAAGAAAUUGCAACUCUUCAAGGAGGUUAGCCAGCAGCUGCAGGACACUUCCAAGGAGCUGGCCAACACCAAGGACACUCUCUCGGACACCCAGAACACACUCUCCUGCACUCAGAGGCUCCUUCACACCACUGCACAGGAGAGAGAGGAGCAACGGUAUUUGGUGUCGGCACAUGCCAGGACGGAGGAGAGGCUGCAGGUGAAGGGACAGACACUCAUAGACACCGCCGCCACCACCACCUCAGACCUCUCCAGACUCCACGACAAGCUGGAUCGCAAACUGAGCGUGGACAGCCAGAACACACAGCUUUUUGAGGAGUUCCAGGCGUCAUAUGCUGAAAUCCAGGCAAGCUUAAGAGACACCCUGCAGUCCAGCCUGUCCCAGCACAUUGACAGGCUGAGUCAGGCUAACAGAGUGCAUGCCAAGAGCCUUGCCGAGUGCCAGAGUGCUGUGAGUGAGUCUGGGCGGGCUGUGGGUGCCCUGGCCGAUACACAUGCUACCCUCGCUACCUCCGCCCUCGUCCUGCAGAACAAAUUGGUUGAGGUGGUGCAGUGGAGUGUGCGGGGUGCCAGGGAGGAGAGCCAGGAUAUCAUCAACCAGCAGAGGGACCUCCUGCUGGCCCUGCUGAACACCACCACACAAAUCACAGGGCAGAUGGCCACUCUUAUCUCAUCGGCCACCACUAACAUCACUGCUCUCAACUCCUCUGUGUCUGCCAAGCUGCAAGAGAUGGAGGGUCUGUGUGAGGGAUUACAGCAACACCAUGCCUCUGUUAGUGCUGAUGUGCUGCGCGAGGUAGAGACCCACAAUGCAUCACUCCUCCAGCACACACAGGAUGCUGCUGCUGCUGUCCAGUCUCUCCUCAACUCACAGGACACUCAGUCUAAGAGUAUCAACACUGACUUGGACACAGUGAUUGCCAUGCUGACCUCUAUGAAGGGAAAGAUGGGCGACCUGACCUCCAGCAACCAGCAGCAGGCCAUCACAGCUCAGAACAGCAUGUCGUUGGUGCAGGGCGAGGCAGGGCAGGCUGUGGGCAGGGUGAAGACAAUGGUGCAGGAGGGAACACAGCAUGGCUCCUCACUCUUGGCUCAGGUCCACACUCAGACGUCAGCUGCUGUGUCUCAAGUGGAGGACUGUGUUGGUGAGCUGGAAGUGACAUUACAGCGCCUGGGGGAGAAGCGCUGUGAAAUGGAGACAGGGAUGCAGCAAUACUCAAGCCAGGCACAGCAAUCUGUUGAGGCCGCCACAGCACUGCAAGAUCGGCAAGUCACAGAGCUGGAGAAGAAGAUGGAUACACACUUAAAGGAGGCUGAAAAGGAGAUUAAGGCUGGCGAGACAACAAUGACCACCGCACUGACCCAGGGGAGCCACACACUGCAGGAGGAGGCAGGGAGGCUGGAGGGGGCACGGGAGGAGCUGUCAGGGGAGGUGCAGGCUGUGGAGGAAGGGCUGAGGAGACUGUGUGAGGAGAUGGACAGCUCACAACGGGUCCAGAGUGAGAUGGUGAAAGCUUUGUUUACUGAGGAUAUGCGACAUGAUCUUCCUACAGGCCAGACACCAGUGCGGCGGGAGUAUGUGUUCCCCAGCAGCCUGCCAGCCACCUCACCACACGACAGACUACUGCAGAGAUUCAGGGCCUCACUCCUCUCCUCCUCCAAGAUACCGUUGCCUUCUUUUGGAGAUGAUCUUGAGGAUGACGCCAGCGAGACCUCCACAGCCUCCUCGGACUCGCCAGUGAACCCUGAGGAACAACCUUCGGAGGAUAAGACUGAUGACCAGACAUUCCUGCCCCCACGUCCUGCCCUGCAAAGAGAAGAUUCCGGCAUCCCUCUCUCUCUCUCUCGCUCCUCCUCUGUUUCCUCCAUCACAGACGGCAAGGAGAAUGUAAGAGGCACCAGCAGGCUUAACAACAGCACCACCAUCACCACCACCAAGAAGAGGGAGAUCAAGCCACCUUCUGUGUUCAAGUCUGCCAGCAUGGAGAAACUCGCGCACACAACCACCACCACAACCUCCGACGGGCGCACACGGAGAAUAUUAGGCACACAGAAUUGAGAAUGUGUGUGUGUGUGUGUGUUUGUGUGUGUCUUACGUGUGCUGCUGUCCCAUUUUUCCACAUACACGGUGUUUUGAUACGUUUACGCGCCUCCUCGCUUGUUCUGUGUGUGUUUUUUUAGAAGUUCUCAUUUUUUAAUUCAUUUUUCUUUCUUUUAUUCAUUUUUAUUCAUGUUUGCUCUUCAAGUCACCUCGGAAAGUCAUUAUUCAUUUCACGUCACCUUUUAAUUCAUUUUACUUCCUUUUGUUUGUUUUUAUUCAAGCUUGUCGGCUAAAAAUCUUCACAAAUGUACAAUUUUUUUUAUUUUAAUGGAAGCAUAGUAUUAUAUCUUGUCUUAGAAACAAUAACAACAUGCUGAGCUGUGUGUGUGUGUGUGCAUAUAUGAGUGACUGUGUGCAUAUGUGUGUGUGCGUGGCUGGCAGUCUGGUUUACAUAUAUCAAUUAAUCUUAGUGGAUUUUUUUUAUAUCAUUAGAACUAAGCUUUCAAACUGAUCUUGAGUAUUUUAUGGAGCAUGUAUUAAUUUUACGCACCAGUGGAGAGUGUAUGAUAGAUUAGGUGUAUUUCAUGUUUGUGUUGUAUGAUGGGAAGAAGGCAAACACAAACACUAAGGAUAGAGAACAAACAACACAGCAAACAGGGUGAAGGAUAGAUGCAUGGAGAAAUAAACACAGCAUUAAACACAACACAGCACAAACAAACACAAACACAGCAUAAACACAACACAACACACCAUAAACAAACACAAACACACAAUAAACACCACAAACACAGCACAAACAUACACAAACAGCACAGAGAAACAAGUGCAUAAACACAAACACAUUGUAAAAACAGCAACACAAACACCAUGGAAACACACAGACAAACAAACAAAGUGUAAAGUCAAACAAAAUAUAUGAAAGACAGUGUUUCUGAAAAGUGAUUACAUAUGCUACCUUUCCGAUUACAUGUAAUAGUAUUAGUAAUUUAGUUUUUUGGUAAAGAAUUUGUUAGAAUUAUUAUUAUUAUUAUUAUUAUUUGUGUAUUUUUUAUUUAUCUUUUUUUUCAGCAUUAAUAUUAGUUAUUUUUUUUAUAGUGUAAUUAUUUUCUGUUAUUUCAUAGGCAAACACUCGUUAAAUUUUGAUAUUUUUUGAUGCAUAAUAUUUUUAGACAGAAUGAUGGAUUUGCUAUGCUUUUAAGUCUCUCUCUCUCUCUCUCUCUCUCUCUCUCUCUCUCUCUCUCUCUCUCUCUCUCUCUCUCUCUCUCUCUCUCUCUCUCUCUCUCUCUCUCUCUCUCUCUCUCUCUCUCUCUCUCUCUCUCUCUCUCUCUCUCUCUCUCUCUCUCUCUCUCUCUCUCUCUCUCUCUCAUCUUUAUUAAGAGUACAAUAUAUAAUGUGAAUGUAUCUUACGUUUCCGAGUUUCACACAUCUGGACACACACACACGUACAUUAUUUUUAUACAGUGUGUGUUUGUAGUGUCCAGAGUGUGUGUGUGUCUGUGUGUGUGAGAGAGAGAGAGAGAGAGAGUGUGACAGGUGUAACAAUAAACAAGACAAGUUGA